AUGUAGCUCGAGCAAAACACCAUAACAGGAAAACGGGGACGAGAUUUUCGUUUUGACGUUUAGGAUUUCUUUUUCUGUGAAUAAACAUGAAGGUUUUUAUCAACCUAUCUAAAGCAGAGAUGCCGGAAGAAGGCGUUAAUGUUGCUUAGUUUACCUACUAAUCCUUAUAUGAAACGUAAAAUUAAGCACAAUGCCAGUUUCACUACAGCAGAAAGUCGGGACGUCCUCCUCCGAAUUUCCCUCUGACUGGGAAGAUGACGAACGGAUGGCCUUCUUGUUCUCGGCUUUCAAAGAGAACCGAGAGGUCGACCCGGCUGACUGGGACAGCAAGAUGAACUUCUGGACGCCUUUGCUGGUGCAGAGCUGCAGACGGCACGGAUCUGUUUGCAUGAGCUUGCAGGACCUGAAUGAAAGUUUUCGGCGAAAGGGGAGCGUUCCUCUAGGCCUAAGCACCGUUAUACAGAGCAUGAUCAGGAGCGGUAAAGUGCAGAAAGAAUCCGACUUUGCUGCUAAUGUAGAUUCCGGCUGGCUGUCGUGGGGCGUCGGGUUGUUGUUAGUCAGACCUCUGAAGUGGACGCUGUCCGCUCUACUGGGCAGUGGGCGAGUUCCACUCGAGGAGUCGUUUGUGGUAAUCGAAUUGGUUAAAGAGAAGGCUGCAGCACUGAUGGCUGCGUAUCGGAGCUCUCCUCUCGCGGGGCGCUCUCUGCUCUUGUUUCAGGAGCUGCGCUCUUUCUCCUCUCAUAUCUGUCCCGAUGAGACCACACUGUGUCUCGCGCUGCUGCAGCUCCAGAGGGAGAAACAUGUCACCGUCUCGCUCCAUGAAGAGGAAAAGCUGGUGAAGUUCAGUCAGGCAGGACAGGGCCGCGUGUCUCCGGUCAGUGAGGUGGAUCUGGGAAUCUACCAGCUCCAACGUAGCGAGAAGCUGCUGGAAGAGAGAGUUGAGGCCCUGGGGCAAGAAGUGGAGAAAUGUAAAGAACAGGCAAGGGCUCUGCUAAAAGAGGGGAAGAAGUCACAGGCAUUAAGAUGUCUAAGGGGUAAAAAGCGUGUAGAGGGUAAGGCAGAUCGGCUGUACACUCAGCUCGAAACAGUCAAAGGAAUCCUGGACAGGAUAGCGAGCUCACAGACUGAUCGUCUGGUGAUGCAGGCAUACCAGGCAGGCGUAGCAGCUCUGAGAAUUUCACUGAAGGGCAUAACAGUUGAGAGAGCAGAGAACCUGGUUGAUCAGAUUCAGGAGCUGUGUGACACUCAGGAUGAAGUUAACCAGACUCUGGCUGGAGGAGCUUUAGACUCAACUGAAGGAGAAUCAGAAGAGCUGGAGAAGGAGCUCAAGUCUUUAUUGGAAGACACUGUUCCAGACACAAGUCUAACACUACCGGAGAUUCCACAUCGCCCUGUCUCUACUAAAGACACCAGUGUAUUGGAUGACACUUUAUUUCGCUCUCUGCCCUCCGUGCCUGACACUAACAUCACCGACGAGGAGCUGGAGAGAGAGCUGGGUCGACUCAGGCUGAAGGCAACGUAAAAGAUGGGUGGACGUAUAUAUACGUGAUGAAGACUCCUGACACAGAUCAAUGAAAACAGCUGUUGCAAAUAACUAGAUAAGCUUGUCGCUGAAUACAGCCUAUGUGUUUUUUUUUCUUUCUUUCUUUUUAAAGAGUGGCCUUUGGAGUAAUAUGUAAUAUGUAUUCUAAUAAAAAUGACAUUAUGAUGCUUAA